AAAAAGAUGGCGAGUUUUGGGAAACUCACAGACUACUUUAAUCGCCGUAAGUCUCGAGAGGAGCUGCGGGUGGGAAGAAGCUCGCGGCGCAGUGGCAGUUACUGCUGCACUGUGGCCGAGGCCAGGUCGCUGGAAAGGAAGCUACAGAGACCCAUACUGGCUAAGUCGCGUACCCUCCCCAGCAUCCCCCAGUCUCCAACGGUCUCCAGGGUCCACCACUCUGAUCUCAUUGGCGGGAGUCCUCCGCGCAUGAAGAGUCCUCCAGUUGCCACCAGCCACUCAAAGGCCUGCACUUUGCCACCUGCAGGGGAGCUUUGGCGUUUGGAGGAUGACAUGGAAGGUGACAAUGAGACAGAGAAUAGCGGCUGCACCGAGGCCCGUCCACGCUCCCAGUCGCCGUUCUCCCAUUUCCGGGCACGGGCUGCUUACCUGCGCAAGAGCAUGUCAGCCGAUGAGCACCUAGACAUGGGCUCCGACUUCGGCACAGUGACUGCGGUUGAGGGCAAACAGAACCGUGGGAAGGGAAAGCUAAAGAGGAAGUUUAGUCUGGGCUCAGCUGACCGAAAGGAGAAUCAGAAUAAGAAGUCAGAGUCGGGAAUCUCCAAAUUUACUCAUCGUCUAUCCCUCAAAGAGCGACCAGCGAAGGCAGAGAAGACUUCAUCAGAAAGGCCUCCAUCCUACAGGAGACGAUCUCUUAGUGUCGACUGGGCUGACUCGGCCAAAAUGACGCAGCCCAUGAGAGGGGACCAGGCCCACCAGCCGGUCUCGGCUCGCAAGUCUGCCAGCCUGUCCUCACCGAGCGCUGCUCGCCGCCUUUACCGCAAUUUGUCUGGAAAGUUCCGCGUGGGCACCAACCCCCCUGCUCUGGAGGACAGUGUGGUGUCAGGACGGGGAGGAGACAAGGAGAGGCUGCGCAAAACCACCAUAUUUCAGAGUAAUGAAGCUCUGUUUGAGGCAGUGGAACAUCAAGAGUUGGACCUGGUACAGCUCCUUCUCUCACAGUACAGUCUGGAGGAGCUGGAUCUCAACACUCCUAACAGCGAGGGGCUCCUGCCCCUUGAUAUCGCCAUCAUGACCAAUAAUGUGCCCAUGGCUAAGCUUCUGCUGCGAGCCGGUGCCAAGGAGAGCCCCCACUUUGUGAGUCUGGAGGGCCGAGCGGUUCAUUUGGCCACUCUGGUGCAGGAGGCCGAGCAGCGAGUGUUGGAGCUACAGCCCCAGGUGCGGAAUGAGGGUCCUGGUGAGCGGGAGGGAUCUGACCGUGAGCGCCAGCUAAAAGCUUGGGAGUGGAGGCUCCGGCUCUUCCGACGCAUGCAGACAGGCUUUGAGCAUGCCAGUCCUCCAGAUGCUCCCAGUGUAGUUUCCCUGUCUGUCAGCAGCAGCACCAGUCUAAAAGUUGACUUCCAGGAACCUCUUUGUGUCAACUCUGCUGUGGUUACCAAAUACAAAGUGAGCUGGAGCAGUAAUCCUUCGUUUAGUCCUCUGCUGGGUGAGAUGAUAGUGGAUGAUGCCACUCAACUCGAGUGCAACAUUACUGGACUAACAUCUGGGACCUAUUACUACGUGCAGGUGUCAGCGUACAACAUGAAGGGCUGGGGACCUUGGAAAAUUUCCACACCAGCCUGCGCUGCACCUUCCAGUUGGAGGGACAUUGAUGGCCGCGCUCCUCGUCAGAGAGGACAGAAGGAGGCACUGGACCAGCUACUUGGGCAGAUAAAAGAAGCUCACCGCCACUGUGUCUGCCAUGAGCAAUGCAAAGCUCCGCCACAAAGCAGGAAGCACUCGGUGUCCAAGAGCCUGCGGCACCUUUUCCAGCCCACCAGCAAAUUUGUCAAAAGCUUGAAAAGAGGUCUCUAUCUGGCGUCCAUAUUCUACAGAGAUGACAACGUGUUGGUGACUCCAGAGGAGCAGAUUCCUAUUGUGGAGAUUGAAGAUUCGUAUUCGAGCUCACUGAUGCAGGACUUUCUAUGGUUUACUAAGGUGUCCUAUCUAUGGGAGGAAAUUUCGUGGCUGCAGCAGUGCCUCGGUCCUUCCCAGACGUCGUGUUCAUGCACUCUGCAGACUCGCCUCAAGAUGCUGCAGGCUGUCUCCCAUCUACAGGGAGCGCUGGGAACCCAGGAUCUUGGUCAGGUAUAUUUUGAACCGAUCAAAGACAAGCAUGGUAACGCCCUGUUGGUGCUGCUGAAGGACAUGAAUGCCUCUCCCAACCUUGACGGGGUACGCUGGACGCAGCUUUGUAAACUUCAGCUCCAACGAAAAUCCAUAUCAUCCCCCGAAGAGCCCACUGCGCUGGACAUGCUCCUCAUCACACUUCAUGAGAAGCUGGCGUACCACAGGCGUAGCAGGAAGCUUUUGUCUCCAGGCUUAUAUCUGGGCUACCUGAAGUUGUGUACAUCGGUGGAGCAGAUAAGAGCACUGGUGCCCCAGAAACUCCCCAACGUGCUCUGUCAUACCAAAAUUCGAGACAACAGCAAUGUGUCAAGAGAGGAGUGGCAGUGGCUUCAGGCCCUCAGCUCUCUGGAGGAGUCACUGGAAAUGGACCAUGAUGUACAGAGUGCUCCCCAUCGCCUCCUACAGGACCUGCGUAAUGCCAUCAAGGACCUGAUAGCUCACAUCAACAUUCCUGGCAAUCAGGCACAGGACUUCCGUAUCUACAGCCAGGAAGUGUUGGAGUUUGGGGAGAAAGUGUGUUUCCUCCUCCUCCUGCCACCUUCAGAUGAAGUCUGCACGGCUCCCGGUCAGAAUAAUCCAUACUCCCCGCGCUCUGGCUUCCUCACACUGCCGCUGCAGAUCUUUGAAUUGGUGCACUUUAAUGCCUAUUGCCCCAGUUUCAUCGGCCAGUACUGCAGGGUGUCCGCCUUGCUGGAGCUGGAGUCCCUCAUGUCUCAGCAGGCACUACGGGAGGCCUUCUCUGAAGCCGAGCUCCUCGUUGCCAAGAAGAAACACCAACAAGUUCAGGAACACAUGCAGCAAAUGGAGGAGGUGUGGCGGGAUGUGAGAUGGAUUAUGGAUGCCUUGCAGUACGCCCGCUACAAGCAGCCGACAGGAGGCAUCUCUGUAAGCUGGAUAAUUGACUUCUCUAAAGAGGUGAUGCCUGACAAGCCUCCCUCUACCUCAUCUCAACCAGACUUCAUGCCCUCUCCUAUGCCUUCACCCGAACGCUGCCGUAAGCACUCAGAUUUUGCUGGACUCUCAGAUGAGGAAGGCUCCUCUGAAGUUUUCCUCACUACCGACAGUGACUAUGACUCCAGUCGUGCCCAGAGCCCCCGAGAGCUGGACCUGUUGCCCCCUUCACCUCUCUCGUCCUCUGCGCCCCUGGAGCCCCGUGGUUUCCUGCGCAUCGACGGGGGCGGCUCAGGAGGAGGAAUGCACCUCAGCGGGGGUGGACGUGGAGGGGGAGCUCUGCGGGAUUCCACACCAGACGUCCUCCAAGCAUCAGAGCCGCAGCACGGGAGGGAAGGAGAGAGGUGUGGAGGAGGUGGAGGCUUUCGAUGUGGAGGAGAAAGGCGAAGGGGGGCUCCGGAGCUGUUUGACAGUGACUUCAUCUUGCCCAGCAGACAGAUUGAGCUUUUGCACAUCACAGAGAAGAGGCAGGCCUUCUGCGUGAGGACCAGCAGUCUGGAGUUCCCUUCCGCCCACCAGCAGCCUUACUCCUACCACACUACUUGCCCUUCACCUUCCACCUCACCGCAGCGAAGAUGGCACCGGCCCUCAUCAGUGGACCGCUGCUGUUCCGCUGAGCGCUGCCUGUCACGGCUUCCGCCGGCACGCACAUUAUCAGAAGACAGCGGCACUCAGAGACUCGCCUCACCAUCACCUGCUGCUCUCAGGAAAGGCUGUCACGCCACACUCAGAGUCUACCCGCAGUACCGCACAGGUCUGCCAAAGGAGACCAGCGUCAAGCUUUGUGUAACUCCAGGCACAUCCGCGCGGGAGAUGGUCCAGCUGGUGGUGCAGGAGAUGAACGUCGUGUCCCGGCGCAUGAUGGGAAGCGGUGAAAACGGUGACGAACAGGAGCAGUGUGUUUACUACAGUCCUGAACAGCUGAAUCACUUCGGCCUCGUGCUGGUUGUGGACGACAGAGAGAAGUGGUUACAGGACGACUUCUGUCCCCUGGAGCUUCAAAACCCCUGGCUGAGGGGCAAACUGUGUGUUCGUAUUAAGGAGUAUUCGCCACUAGCCCUCAAACACAGCCGGGCCACCACAGUGUGAUACUUCCCAGAAGUGAGAGGGGCAAAUUUUAAGAGUUCACCCCGUGCCGAGAUUCUGUUUUGAUAAACGUACUGAACUGUCACGCUGUCUGCAGGCUCCUAAACUCUACAAUUUUUUCCCUCUCACUGUGUUGAUACUGUCUUCGGCUGCAGCUAUAUCAUGUUGUCAUAUUUUCUGCUGUGUUCUGGUUAUCUGAAAUGCUACUCCGAGAAUCUGUUUCCAUGAAAUCUGUUCUCCCAUACGUAGAACCUUUCUUUUUUUUGAUGAACAUCAGAGACCCUCAUAUGGACACCAAAUGAACAAUAACAGUAGAACAAAGAGAAAACAGUUUUUUUGUGCUGUCAGAAGUCAUUGGGUAAAAGAUUGUGAUGCUGAGCGAGAUUAAUGGAGCGUCUCUUUGACUUUUGGCAUGAUUGAGGCCAGCAGAUAGAGCCGUGCGAGCUGCCAAAAUGACAUGGGCAGCAUCAGCGCCUCCCAGCCACACGCGGACACGGCUUUUCCUAUGAACCCUCUUAUUGUGCUGUCGGCUCCAGCCGUCCGGCCCCAUGUUCCCAGGAUGUGGGCUCUGGACUUAGCCCAGGAGGCAGGAAGGAAGGGGAGAAGUACAGAGGUGGCUGGCGUCUCUGCUCGGGGAUGCAAUGGACCCGACGAUUUGGCCCGUCAACUUGUCACUCAACUGCUCUUGGCCACUGUACUGUCUAGCAGCAAGCAGCCAAGGAAUUGAGAGCAUGAUAGAGAGUGAGAGUGAGGGAAAAAAGAGUGAAUAGGAAGGAGGGUGGAGGUUACAUCACAUAAACCCCAGCACUAACUCUGGUGCUCCUUUUCUCCCUUUUGCAGCAACAAGUCUGCUGUGUAGUAGACUUAGUCACAGUGUAGCUAACCGAUAUGAUCAUCUUGUGGAGAAACACAAAAUAAAACCAGCUGA